GAAGUCGUUCCCGGCGUGCGGAGCGUGAAGCGGCCGUGGAAGAUCCCGGAGGAGGACUCGGUGUCCCGGUUCGACCAGAGCUUCAACCCGGACGACAUGUGGACGGUGAGCGGCCUGUCGGUGGCGCUGGCGCUCGCCCUGCUGCCCGGACCCGGACCCGCCGGAGCCCUGCGGGAGGGCGAGUGUGAAGUGUGUGUGACCUUCCUGGGAAAGUUUUAUGAGACGUUGAAGAACAACGAUGUGAAAUUCAACAACGCCGACAUCGAGAAGGAAAUCCUGAAGAGCUGCGCCGACGCCAAAGGAAAAGAAAACCGCUUUUGUUACUACAUCGGCGCCACAAGCGACGCCGCCACCAAGAUGAUCAACGAGGUGUCGAAGCCGCUCAGCUACCACGUCCCGGUGGACAAGAUCUGCGAGAAGCUCAAGAAGAAGGACAGCCAGAUCUGCGAGCUGCGAUACGACAAGCAGCUGGACCUGACCUCGGUGGACCUGAAGAAGCUGAAGGUGAAGGACCUGAAGAAGAUCCUGGAGGAGUGGGGCGAGUCCUGCAAGGGCUGCGCCGAGAAGUCCGACUUCAUCCGCAAGAUCGCCGAGCUCAUGCCGAAGUACGCUCCGGCGGCGGCCAAGGCACGGACAGACCUGUGAGGGACGCGCGCGCGGACACACACACACACACACACACACACACACACACACACACACACACACACACAGAGUUUUGGAUUGGACCCAAUCGGACCAGCAGGAGUUGGAGACCGGAACAGGAAGUGGAGAUGUCUGACAGGAAGUCCUUGCUGGUUUUCCCUCCUCAGUUUGGUUCUGGUUCUGGUUCUGGAGUUUGAGAAAUAGAAAGAAAAACAUUUUAACCUCGUUUUGUUUCACGUUAUGUUUAGAAUAAAAAUCUGAGGAUCUGCCCUCACUUUGUACCGUUGCUGUCCAGCUGGAUGCCGAGUCAUGGUUCCAGCCAUGACUCAGCAUCCAGCUAGAACCAUGACUCACAGCUGGAACCAUGGUUCAGCAUCCAGCUAGAACCAUGACUCACAGCUGGAACCAUGACUCAGCAUCCAGCUAGAACCAUGACUCACAGCUGGAACCAUGACUCGGCAUCCAACUGAAACCAUGACUCACAGCUGGAACCAUGACUCAGCAUCCAACUGAAACCAUGACUCACAGCUGGAACCAUGACUCACAGCUGGAACCAUGACUCACAGCUGGAACCAUGACUCAGCACCGAGCUGGAACCAUGACCACAGCUGGAGCCAUGACUCAGCAUCCAGCUGGUACCAUGACUCAGCAUCCAGCUGGAGCCAUGACUCGGCGCCCAGCUGGAGCCAUGACUCGGCACCCAGCUGGAGCCAUGACUCGGCACCCAGCUGGAGCCAUGACUCAGCACCCAGCUGGAGCCAUGACUCAGCACCCAGCUGGAACCAUGACUCACAGCUGGAACCAUGACUCAGCACCUAGCUGAAACCAUGACCACAGCUGGAGCCAUGACUCAGCAUCCAGCUGGAACCAUGACUCAGCAUCCAGCUGGAACCAUGACUCACAGCUGGAACCAUGACUCACAGCUGGAACCAUGACUCAGCACCCAGCUGGAACCAUGACUCAGCACCUAGCUGAAACCAUGACCACAGCUGGAGCCAUGACUCAGCAUCCAGCUGAAACCAUAACUCAGCAUCCAAUUGAAACCAUGACUCACAGCUGGAACCAUGACUCAGCAUCCAACUGAAACCAUGACUCACAGCUGGAACCAUGACUCACAGCUGGAGCCAUGACUCAGCAUCCAACUGAAACCAUGACUCAGCAUCCAGCUGAAACCAUGACUCAGCAUCCAAUUGAAACCAUGACUCACAGCUGGAACCAUGACUCAGCAUCCAACUGAAACCAUGACUCACAGCUGGAACCAUGACUCAGCACCCAGCUGAAACCGUGACCACAGCUGGAGCCAUGACUCAGCAUCCAGCUGGAACCAUGACUCACAGCUGGAACCAUGACUCAGCACCCAGCUGGAACCAUGACUCAGCACCUAGCUGAAACCAUGACCACAGCUGGAGCCAUGACUCAGCAUCCAGCUGGAGCCAUGACUCAGCAUCCAGCUGGAGCCAUGACUCAGCAUCCAGCUGGAGCCAUGACUCAGCAUCUAGCUGGAGCCAUGACUCAGCAUCCAACUGAAACCAUGACUCACAGCUGGAACCAUGACUCGGCAUCCAGCUGGAACCAUGAGUCACAGCUGGAACCAUGACUCAGCAUCCAACUGAAACCAUGACUCACAGCUGGAACCAUGACUCAGCAUCCAACUGAAACCAUGACUCACAGCUGGAACCAUGACUCAGCAUCCAACUGAAACCAUGACUCACAGCUGGAACCAUGACUCAGCAUCCAGCUGGAACCAUGACUCACAGCUGGAACCAUGACUCAGCAUCCAACUGAAACCAUGACUCACAGCUGGAACCAUGACUCAGCACCCAGCUGAAACCAUGACUCACAGCUGGAACCAUGACUCAGCAUCCAGCUGGAACCAUGACUCAGCAUCCAGCUGGACCCAUGACUCAGCAUCCAGCUGGAACCAUGACUCAGCACCCAGCUAAAACCAUGACUCACAGCUGGAACCAUGACUCAGCACCCAGCUGGAACCAUGACUCGGCAGAACGUCAGCAUCCAUUAGAAUCAGCAGUUUUUCUUCUUGUUCUCAGGUCUUUUUGUUUCACUGUCAUGAAAUGUGGAAGCAUUGAGAUUUUGAGAGAAGAAAACAAAGUGAAGUAAAAGUGUUGAGUUGAGGAUUGAAAUAAACGGUGGAUGUGGUUCCUGUCGGAGGAGACGACUGGAACAAUCGUAGUUAAAAUCUGAUGACCUCAAUCAGGGCCGGCACGGGCUUCUCAGGCGCCCUGGGGCGGGGGGGGUUCAGUGCGAGUGAAGCCGAGCAGUGCGCUGCUCAAACGGGCCAUCACAGCGGCUCACCGUGGUCGGCACGCCCCCCUAUGGCUCGGCCUGGGCAAGUGCCCCAGAUGCCCAUCCUAAUCGCCGGCCCUGACCUCAAUUGACCUUUGAUUUGAAAAUGUGUUUGAGCACUUUCAGAUAAAAUCACAGAAGAGUUUAAGUCAAACUCAGCAGUUCUCCACUUCAGGAUCUAAAUGUGUGACAUUUUUUGAAAGUAGAGAAUGUAGCGGAUCUGAUGUAGUCUGGAAAAUCGUUUAUAAAACUGUAAAAUGGAAAAGCUGUAAGUUCCUGAAGAAACAUGGAGACGAGGGGGAAAUUGUGUUGUGGACAUUUAUCGUCUCUUCGCUGCUUCCUGUCCGGUUCUGUCCUCACUGACCGCCGAGCCCCGCCCCCCUGCCUCUCCUGCAGAGGGAGGGGGCGGGGCCAGGCCUGAAGGGGCGGGGCCAAGUGUGAAGGGGAGGGGCCUGAGCAGCUGGAAGCCCCCCUUCCUUACAGGUGCUGUUGUUUCACAGUGACUUCUGAUUUAUUACUGUACUCCUUUUUCAUUAAAAGAUGAAAAAC